AUGCUCACCUUGAUCGGCUUCACACUACCUCCCGAUGCAGGAGAGAAGAUGUCAUUGCAAAUCACAAUCAUGCUGUCCAUCUGCAUAUUUCAAAAUUAUGUCGCCGAAAUGUCUCCGCCUACAUCGGAGGCCCUUCCAUUUUUAGGGGCGUUUUUUGCAUUGUGUAUGUGCACAUGUGCUUGCUGUGUUGUUGCCACAACCUUGGCUCUGAACUUUCACCAUCGGAAUUCGUACUCCCACGACAUGGGAAGCAUGGUGAUUACUGCAGAAAUCCGUGAAAAGGAGCGAAACAAAGAUGUUGAGGAUGACUGA